UGUGAGACGAGAUGGGCUCCAGCAGGGUGGAGCGCGAGGCCCCCAGCCCUCCGGACGGCGGCUGGGGCUGGGUCAUCCUGAUUGGCUGCUUCGUCAUCACCGGCUUCUCCUACGCCUUCCCCAAGGCCGUCAGCGUUUACUUCAAGGAGCUGAUGAAGGACCUGGGCUGUGGCUACAGCGACACGGCCUGGAUCUCCUCCAUCAUCCUCGCCAUGCUGUACGGCUCAGGUCCAGUGUCCAGCAUCAUGGUGAACAAGUUUGGGUGUCGUCCAGUGAUGCUGCUGGGAGGGCUGCUGGCCUCAGCGGGGAUGAUUAGCGCCUCAUUUGCCACCAGCAUCAUCCAUCUCUACCUGACCGCAGGUGUACUGACAGGUCUCGGCCUGGCCCUCAACUUCCAGCCGUCGCUCAUCAUGCUGGGCAGCUACUUCGACAAGCGGCGGCCGCUGGCCAAUGGGCUGGCCGCGGCGGGGAGCCCGGUCUUCCUCUCUGCCCUGUCGCCGCUGGGCCAGCUCCUGGUGGACAAGUACGGCUGGAGAGGCGGCUUCCUCAUCAUGGGCGGCCUGCUGCUCAACUGCUGCGCCUGCGGAGCCCUCAUGAGGCCCCUGCUGGGCAAGAUCAAGAAGGUGCCUGCUGGGGUGGAGGCCGACGCCCAGGAACUGAAGGAGAUGCUGCCGUCCAAGCCGGGGAAGGAGAACAACGCAGCGCACGCCAAAAAGGCCGCCAAGAAGCCGCCCAAGAAGAAGCUGCUGGACUUCAGCGUGCUGCGUGACCGCGGCCUCAUCAUCUACAUCAUCUGCAAAUUCAUCGUGGUGCUGGGCCUGUUCACGCCCACCGUGCUGCUAGUCAACUACGCCAAGGACCAGGGCGUGCCGGACCGCGACGCAGCCUUCCUGCUCUCCAUUAUUGGCUUCAUUGACAUCUUCGCGCGGCCUACGUGCGGCAUGAUCGCGGGCCUCAGCUGGGUGCGGCCCCGCAUGGCCUACUUCUUCAGUAUUGCCCUGCUCUUCAACGGCCUGACGGACGUCUGCUCGGCUAAGAACGACACCUACAUGGGCAUGGUGAUCUUCUGCGUCUUCUUCGGGAUCUCGUACGGUAUGGUGGGCUCGCUGCAGUUCGAGGUGCUGAUGGGCAUCGUGGGCACCGGAAGUUUCCCCAGCGCCCUGGGCCUGGUGCUGCUCUUCGAAGCCGUGGGCGUGCUCCUCGGACCACCCUCUGCUGGACGCUUGGUGGAUCUCUUCAAGAGGUACGAUAUGGUUUUCUACAUGGCCGGGAGUGAGCUGCUUCUGUCUGGUGUCUUCCUGUCCAUGGCAACGUUCUGUUGCAUGGGGAGAAAGAAGAAAAAAGACUCAGCAAAUGUAGAGGAACCGGAAGUUGAGGAAGAGGUCAAUCAUGCCAAUCAUGAGUCGGACAAUGCUCACCAAGCUGCUCUUAAGGAUGACGAAAGCUAAAAAAUAAAAUAAUAAUAAAACAAAUGCAAAUAAACCAACCAGAAGAACAAUCAUAUCAAUGAGAAGAACAACUACAAAUAAUUAAAUCCAAGUUGAAAUAAAUAACUAUACAUUUGGUAGAUUUUUUCCCCCUUUGUUUUGGUUUGUCACAGUUUAUCUUGGAUUUGGGGCGUAGGGCAUUGUCCAUUUGCAUUUUGUGUUUGAAUGUGUACAUGUUGUGUGUCUACCAAACCUCACUUACAGUCACAGACACUCAAACAACAUUGUGGUUACAUUGUCAAAUGUGUCACAUUUGUUACAUUGUCUAAAGCUACUAUAUCAUCACACUUCAAAAUGCAGCAAAGUUGUAAAUAUGAAGCUCUGUAUGGAUACUGCAUUUAUACCCUUCGAAUAACCUGGUGUUUUUU